GCCUGGGCCAUGUCGGCGCCGCCUGCCCUGCAGAUCCGGGAGGCGAACGCACACCUGGCGGCCGUGCACCGGCGCGCGGCGGAGCUGGAGGCGCGGCUGGACGCGGCGGAGCGCACGGUGCAUGCCCAGGCCGAGCGCCUGGCUCUCCACGACCAGCAGCUGCGCGCUGCCCUAGACGAACUGGGUCGCGCCAAGGACCGUGAGAUUGCCACACUCCAGGAGCAGCUGAUGACCUCAGAGGCCACUGUCCACAGCCUGCAGGCCGCCGUGCACCAGAGGGACAAACUCAUUAGGCAGUUGCAGCCCCGGGCUGAGCUGCUGCAGGACAUCUGCCGCCGCCGACCACCCCUGGCCGGGCUGCUGGCUGCCCUGACUGAGGCUGAGCGCCUGGGGCCCGUGCCAGCCAGUGACCUCGGCCACCCACCCCCCGGUGGGCCUGGUCCACCCCUUGCCAAUAGCACUGGGGAAGAGGCAGACAGGGACCCCCUCCAGCCUGCGGUGUUUGGGACCACAGUGUGAGCCCGGAAUGCAGAUUCCAGAAUGGAGACAGAAAGCCACUG